CGGGAUCUGCCGCUGGCCCCGCCCACAUUGGAACUGCAGUGCUGAGAAGUCAGCAGAAGUGUGUGUGUGUGACUGUGUGCACAUGGGAAGGAAGGAGACCAGAGGGGAGAGAAAAUGCAGCUGGGACCCCCUUGGCUCGGAGACGUCUCCUCUGAUAUCCGCGGUCCGCGGUGUCACCGGCAUUCAUGGCUUUUCAUCGUCAUCCUGGCUAUGCUACUUGCUCAUACCUGCUUCACACUAGAAGUAUCCGUAGGCAAAAACCCUCAUGUUAAAGCUCGGAAUGGAACGGAGAUCAACCUGCUUUGCAUAUUUACCACCUGCAUCGGGUUCGAGGAUGUGACCUUCAGAUGGGAAUACAGAUUCAAUGAAUCGUCAAAGCCAGAGGAACUUCAAAAGGGAACUCUGAAGAACAAGAAGUCAGCCCCUAAAAUCAUUGAAAUAAUGGACAAAAGUUUUCGCCAAUCUCGAGUUACUCUAGUACCCAGCAAUGAAACCAAAGAUUACAAUUUAACACUGCGAUUGAGCGAUGUGGAUUUUGAUGAUGCAGGAAGAUACACCUGUAUUGUGAAAAAUAAAAAGGAAAAAGAUACACAAAGCAAUGCUACAAUUUUUCUCACAGUAGUGGACAAGUUUGAAGUUGUGGAUAACACUUUGACUCUGAUUAUUGUGGCUGUUGUUGGGGGUGUUUUUGGAUUGCUCAUAUUAAUCCUUAUCAUCAAGAAGACAGUUAGUUUCAUCCUUAAGCGGAAUCGUGACAAAAAGAAAGACUGCCUUGUGAGUUCUUCAGUGAAUGAUAACACAGACAAUGCCUCAAAGCCAGAAAAGCCAAAAGCGUGACACUAUUUCCUGGGAAAUCACAGAACUGGCUGAAUGAAUGGACCAUGGACAGCACAGAGCCCUGGAAGUACAUGAAUUUGACAGAGAGGUCACGAUAUAUAACGAGGAUGAGCACUUUCUCCAUUGCAUAGUAAUUAUUUUAACUUGCAUAGCACAGUAAAAUACUGCCUCCUCUUAGAUCGUGAGAAAAUAAGCAGUUUAAUUGGUUAUAUGUAAAUGUAUGCUAAAUAGAGGCAUGUUGUUUCCCGAAACUCCAAAGCAAAAGGUGCAGUGUGUAAAAAUAAAUAAAAAAAUUCUCUCUACUUUUUUCUAUGCAUGGGGGGUUGGGGACAAGUGUAAAUAUAUAUGUACAUUUCAAUCUAAAGCACAUGUGUGCACAAAACAUGGAAAUAAGAGCAUUUAUAUAUAGCAUUUAUGAUGAACAAGUCUACUGCACUCUUGGACCGCUCACUUGGCACUUGCCACCUCCCAUAUAAUACUUCCCCAUGCAACAGAAAGCCUUUAAAAUUGUCUUGGCCUUAUAACUAAUGACUGUCUACACUGCGGUAACUGCCUGGGCAUUAUUGCUGCUUUCUCUAUGAAUGUAAUAAAUAAUAAUAAAAGUUGUUGCUGUAUUUAUUAA